UCACCCAACAAAACUUGUUUUUCUUAAAACUAAAUACCCUUUUGGAAAGUAAAAGUAUCGAGAUACCCAAUAUACGAUGGCAGCAACUGAGGUUGGCGGCGGCGGCGGUGCGGCGGUGGAAUUGACAGAAGGGAUACAUAAAUUAGAUAAAAAGUGGACGUUUUGGGUCGACAAUCAAUCGAAACCUAAACAAGGCGUUGCUUGGGGAAAUAAUCUUCGCAAUGUUUAUACUUUUGACACUGUUGAAGAAUUUUGGUGUUUGUAUGAUAAGGUAUUUAAGCCCAGCAAGCUGCAAAUAAAUGCUGAUUUCCAUUUGUUCAAAGCUGGGAUUGAGCCUAAAUGGGAAGAUCCGGAGUGUGCUAAUGGUGGCAAGUGGACUGUUACUAGUAGCACUACCAGAAAGCCGGACUUCGAGACUAUGUGGCUUGAAACCCUGAUGGCUUUAAUUGGUGAGCAAUUUGAGAAUGCCGAUGAAAUAUGUGGUGUUGUUGCUAGUGUCCGGCAAAGGCAAGAUAAACUUUCUAUCUGGACUAAGAAUGCUGCUAAUGAAGCUGUUCAGAUGAGCAUUGGAAGAAAAUGGAAGGAAAUUAUAGACGUGACUGAAAAAAUCACUUACAACUUCCAUGAUGAUUCUAAGUCAAGAACAACAAAAGGUCGAUAUAGUGUGUAAAAUCAUGCUGGUUGAAGAUACGUGCACACCCAGACACUAAAAGACUGCGUGCCCUUUCUACUGCAAACUAAGCCUAGUUGUGUCUGAUUACAUGUUGUGAUAUAGUUGAUGCUUGUUUGUGCCUUUCUUAUUCAGAGAAUUUUCUUCUGUCUCUUCUGAAAAAUUGAGAUUUAAUUUCCCAUUGAUGUACAAGCGAAUUUUGAAUAUCUUAAAUUUUGGAAAUUUAUUAA